AUGAAACACGCGACGAUUGCGUUGAUCACCGCCGCCGCCAGCAUGGCGGCUGGUCUUACCCAGGAUUGCACAGGCACGGCCAAGGAUGAAGGCGGCAACUGGUUCUGCGGUGUCGUCAACCACAUUCUGUACCAGGGCAUCGGUGGCUCUGGCAGCUACGAGGCCGUCACGGCCAUGACCUCGACCGGCGAGUGCAAGAAAGCGACCAAAAGCUACAGUGGCCCGCUGGCUCCUCUGAACGAGGGUCUUUCCCUUCACUUCCGCGGGCCCCUCAACCUCAAGGAGUUUGCCGUCUACACCCCAUCGAGCCAGAGCAAGUGGAAGCGAGACGAGGGAGAGGCCAAAAAGCCCGAGUCCGCCCACGGCCACCACCGCAUCCACGCGGCCAAGAAGAAGCAGAGGCAGCAGAAGCGCGCCGACUGGGUCACGGCCACCAUUGACGGCAAGGUCGUCUCCUGGGAGAACAACUGGUUCGGCGGCCAACCCUCGACCGCCCCAGCAGCGGCACCUGCUUCUCCCACCGCGACCGCGUCUGCCCCGGCCGACAGCGCCAAUCCCCCGCCAGUUUCCGCCCCGGCCGCGGCCCCGAGGCCCAAGCCUGCGGCCUCGGGCCAGGACUGGGACCGGACCUCGUACUACAGCGCCGACUCCCAAACGGCGGAGAACCUCGUCUUUCUCGGCAACUACGGCGGCCAGGGCUCCGGUGUCUGGGACCCUCAAUGGGGCAACUCGCUCUCCUUCCUCAACGCGGCGGGCAGCGGCGGAGCCAGCUCCGCCCAGGUCCUCAGCAACGUCGACAUUCCGUCCAACAAGGAGUUUUCCAUCUUCAGCGGCCAGCCCUGCGACGAGAGCUGCGGCUUCUCCCGCGCCCAGGACGUCGCCUACAAGGGCUUCGAGGGCGCGAGCAAAAUCUUCCUCUUCAACUUCAAGAUGCCCAUGGACGGCAACCGGGGCUUCAACGGCGACAUGCCCGCCAUCUGGGCCCUCAACGCCGCCGUCCCCCGCGCGGCGCAGUACAGCGCCUGCAGCUGCUGGCCCAAGUGCGGCGAGUUUGACUUUUUCGAGGUCCUCGCCUCGGGCGACGACAAGUGCAAGAGCACCGUCCACCUCGCCCCCGGCGGCGGUUCCUCCGACUACUUCCCGCGUCCCACCGACGCCUACGUCAAGGCCGCCGUCGUCUUUGACGGCGACGCUGGCGGCGGCGUCGCCAUCCGCGUCCUGGCCGAUGACGCCGACUUCUCCAAGGGCCUCGACGCGGCCACCGUCCAGUCCUGGGUCUCCAGCACGGCCCCCUCCGCCAUCACCGAGGGCGGCGCGACGAAGAAGCUCGCCUCCAGCCUCUUCCAGAUUGCUGGCGGCAGUCUCGGUUAG